GUUUCUUGUCUGCAAACGAUAUCCUGCAGUGUCGCGAGUGGCCGCUGACAGGGGUGACUCCAAAGUUUUUUUUAUAUCUUGCUGAUCUUGGCUCGGUUACUGUAUUGUCAGUAGGAGGCACUUCAGAAAGCACGGGUGACAGGGGAGCAGAUGUCACGGUUACCAAUUUCCACUGCGUACACUACAGGACCUGUUUGUGCCACCACGGAGGCGGGAUGUUCAGAAACAAAAUUGUGCUUUUUCUAAUUGCACUCAUUCUAACUUGCACAUUUUUGGUGUGUUUUUUGUAUACAACCACAUUCAAAAUUAAUUUCAUGGUCUACAACAGCAGUAAACAAUCGAUUGCAAAGGAAUUCCUCCUUGUACCACAGUCAAACUGUGAUGAAGAUCCUCCCUUCCUGCUGUACCUGGUGACGGUCUCCCACCACCAGUCGAAAGAACGCAAUGCCAUCCGCCACACCUGGGGCAGAGAUCAACGUAUAGCUGGGAAAAGGAUUGUUGCCUAUUUUCUCCUUGGUUAUGAUCCAAUAUACCAAUCCACUAUCUUAAAUGAAAGCCGCUACUAUGGGGACAUUAUACAAAAGAACUUUACAGACACAUAUGAUAACCUCACAUUGAAAGUGCUGACGGGUAUCAAGUGGGUGCGUGAACUUUGCCCUUUGGCUACCUUUGUGAUGAAAACCGACUCUGAUAUGUUUGUAAACACUUAUUACCUGACUGAGCUUCUUCUGGGUAAGAAUCAGGAUCUCCUGUACACAGGGCAUAUCAAAGUCAAGGAGAAGCCCAUCAGGAACCCAAAGAGCAAGUGGUUUAUGGCUGAGGAGGAUUAUCCGAACAGCACCUACCCUCCCUUUUGUUCAGGUACAGGAUAUGUUUUCUCUGGGGCCCUUGCAGGGAAAAUCAUCACUGUUUCUAAACACAUUCCCAUUCUCAGACUGGAAGAUGUAUACAUCGGGCUGUGCCUUGCAAAGCUAAAUGUAACUCCAGUGGAACUGUACUCUAGCCGGAUAUUUUACGACUUCAAGGUGAAAUUCUCCACUUGUAAGUUGCAGAAGAUUGUAUCAUCGCAUGGAGUCUUCCCGGAUGAGAUUCUAAUGUACUGGAAAGCAUUGGGAGAAAACAGCAAAGAGGAAUGUUGGGGAAAAAAACAUAAAGAAUUCCAAUGGACAUAAUUAAGUAAUUGUAGGGCAUGUCAGAGCCAAAAACUAAAGGAAAAUUAUUUGCAUAAAGACAAACCAUUCUGCAGAUGCUGGAAAUCUUGAGUAACACACACAAAAUUAACUCAGCAAGUCAGGCAGCAUCUUUGGAGGGGCCAUAGAUGAUCUGAUGAAGGGUCUCAGCCCAAAACGUCAUCUGGUGAUUUCCCUCCACAGAUGAUUCCUGUCUUGCUGAGUUCCUUUAGCAUUAUUUUGCACGCUACUCAGGAAAAUCCUUUUGAUGCUGACUAGAGAAUCAUAAUAACAUUCAUUUCAGUUCCAGCAAUGGCUAAAGUUCCUAAAACUUUGAAUGCGGUUUUAUGGCAUCCUAUACUUUCUGCCGGAUGGUAAUAAUGAGAAGAGGGCAUGUCCUGGAUGGUGAUGGGUCCUUAAUGAUAGAUGCCACCUUCUUGAGGCUCUUUCUAAACAAGAGCCUGAUAGUUGGUGUGGACAUGAUGGUACAAAGGGCCAGUUUCUGUGUUCUGUAAUAAUGACCAGAUCUCAGACAGCCUUUUUCAACAUUGGAAUGUGAAGAAUAUUUAACUAUGAGGAAAGAACAGCAUAUUACAAAAGGGUAGCAGCAUGGAAACAUAGUUUUACAGAACCAGCAACCUGGGUUCAAUUCGCACUGCUUCCAGUAAGGAAUGGGUACAUUUUUCCUAUGACUGCAUGGGUUUCCUCCAGGUGCUCUGGUUUCCUCCCAUAAUCUAAAGAUGUACUGGUUGGAAGGUUAAUUGGUCUUUGUAAUUGUCCAAUGAUUAGGCUAGGGUUAAAUCAGGGGAUUGCUGGGCAGCGUGGCUCAAAGGGCCACAAGAGCCUAUUCAAUGCUGUAUCUCAAUUAAUAAAUAAAUAAAUGUGGAUAAAUGUGCAGAAUUAGCAACAUGAUUGAAAAAUGUUAAUGUAACUUAGUAGAGAUAAGAAAAAUCAAAUGGUUGAAUUUUACUUGGCCAACAAGAAUCCAAAAAUUAGACAAAAGCAAAGAGCUUUCAGAAUGCAAAUUCAAAAUCACUAAAGGUAGUAAUGCGGGUUAAUAAUCUCACACAAGGGCACAUCAGGGAUGAAGAUUUAACUUCUGGUAGAAGUAAAUUAAUCAGCAGAGAAGUUAAAUUUGUGUCAUGAAGUGUGGGGUAUAUUCAAUAUUUCAGUUAUAUUUGAUUAAUCUUGUAUGUAUAUAUUGGUUGAUUAAACAUUCUUGUUUGUUUAAGUAAUUAAUUACAGGUUAUAUGUAAAAAUAUGUUAAUUGUAUACAUCACUACGAUAUGAUACGUGCAUACCUCACUAAAAAUAAACACAAAGUUACA